CUCUCUCGAGGCCAACAUGUUGUCAGGACCUGUGCCUUCCUCGAUCACAAAGCUCACUACACUUACUUUCCUUUCCCUCUCUACCAACCAGCUCACCAACUCCAUCCCCACUGACAUUGGCUUGCUGACAAAUCUGGUAUCCUUGGCCCUUCAGAUUAACCGGCUCACGGGUCCAAUCCCUGCAGAAAUUGGCUCACUACGUCUUCUGACAUACCU